UAAAGGAAGGGGGAGUGUAGAAGAGGGACAGAGGAAAGAGAUGAAUAGAAGGCACGAGAACCACCUACCAUGACCAAGUGCGUUGUAAAUGUAGGACAGAAAUUGGAGUGGACCACAAACGGAUCGUUGAGCGACAUCUUCGAGGGAAAACCAUGUUUGGAUGCGCCUCAACGGAAUCGGCUGUUUUUCAAUGUGCCAGCAGCGCACGCGAGCGUCGGAGCACAGGGAAACGGGUUUUCCUCUCAAACAUUCCCUGCUUUCUAAAACGGAAAAGAAGAGUGGCAGCACAGCACAUCCCCGUGGCAUCUUCUUCUGAUCACCAAUGUUAGGGAUUGCAUAAUUCACCCUUUGGUUCCUCUGCUUUUCAGACGCCAGAAAGGGGAGAAAAAAACGACUACAUCUAGUGGCUGCAUUUGUUUGGCAAUGCCCUUUUCUCUCCCAGGAAGGACUUGCGCUCAGUAGCUGGUGAAGGAUGCGUUUAAGGCUGGAUGCGUGCUGCAUUCAGGGAUAUUCGGCAGUAACAGCGGCUCUAUCAGCAGAAACGUCAAGUGCGGAGGCCCUGCUCCACUAUCUCCUCCUUUUCCUCCCCCCCAGCAGGACCAUGCUUGCGUGAGGGAUGAAGCCGUGCACGGGGACACCAGGCCAGAACUGCGGCCUACUUCUCACAAGAUCUGUGAACACACCACCACCACCACCACCUCCACCAUCAAAUCAGCAUAUUUGGGCAUCAGGUAGAUCCAGGAGCAUGAGCAGGACUUUGAGCUGCGGGAGCAGAUGUCUGGGUAUAAGCGCAUGCGGCGACAGCACCAGAAGCAGCUGAUCGCCCUGGAGAACAGGCUAAAGGCCGAGAUGGAUGAGCAUAGGCUCCGGCUGCAGAAGGAAUUAGAGACGCAGGCGAACAACACUUAUAUUGAACUGGAAAAACUGGCCAAACGCCAUGUUGCUCAAACUGACAAAGAGAUGAAGACAGUUGCAGCAGAAGAGAGGAGGAUCCAGCAACAGAUUGUUGCUCAGCAAAAGAAAGAGCUGACAAGUUUCUUGGAGAACCAGAAAAAGGAAUACAGGCUUUGCAAAGACAAGAUCAAAGAAGAGAUGAAUGAGGACCCUUGUUCUGCCAAGGAGGAGAAGCAGGAGCGGCUGUCCAGGCACAAAGAAACAAUGCAGCGCUCUCAGGCAGAGGAGGAAGCUCACCUGCUGGCCCAACAAAGGCUGGUCUAUGACCGCAGCUGCCGGGCGCUCAAACGGCGGAGCGUGAUCAGGCGACAUGAGUUUGAACAGGAGCAGCUCAGAGAGGAGUUAAAUAAAAAGAGGAUGCAAAAAGAAAUGGAACAUGCCCUGAUGAUUCGACAGGACGAGUCCACUCAGGACCUGGAGUGCAGGCAGCUGCAGAUGCUGCAGAAGCUGCGAGUCGACCUCAUGCGGAUGCAGCAUCAAACAGAACUUGAAAACCAGGAGGAGUACAACAACCGCCGGAAGAGAGAACUGCAUAGAAAACACACUCUGGAGAAGCGACAGCAGCCUAGAAACCUCAAGGCCCUGGAGAUGCAAAUCAAGAAACAGUUCCAAGAUACUUGCAAGGUUCAGAACAAGCAGUACAAAGCUUUAAGAAAUCAUCAACUGGAAGUUUCUCCCAGAGGGGAUCAUAAGAUCAUCCUAAAGAGCCUAAAAGAUGAGCAGACCCGCAAGUUGGCUUUCUUGGCCGAGCAGUACGAGCAAAACAUCAAUGAGAUGAUGGCGUCCCAAGCGAUGCGAUUAGAAGCAGAGCAGGAAUCCGAGUGUCAGGCUUUGAAUCUGCAGCUGAAGCAAGAGAUGGAGCUUCUGGAUGCCUACCAAACAAAAACCAAGUCACAGAUGGAGACCCAACAUGAGCGAGAGCAGCAGAAACUUGAGCAGAAGGUCUCCAUCCGGAGAGCUCAUCUCGAACAAAAGAUUGAAGAGGAACUGGCUGCACUUCAGAAGGAGCGGACUGAGAAGAUCAAGCACCUGUUGGAACGUCAGGACAGAGAGAUUAGCGCGUUUGACUCAGAAAGUCGAAGCCUUGGCUUUGGAAGCCUCGGAUCUAUGGACUUCCCCAAAGAAGACAACAGAUGAAAGUGGAUCUGUGUUUUAAAGGACAACACACCCCCUCUCAUGUCCACUCGGCCAUUUGUCACGCUCUACGAUGGCGAAACUGAAAAACUUUUCCUCUCUCUUAGAUAUUGCAACUUCAGACGGAAGUGUUGCGUGCAAUGAGGUCUGCUUUUGUGAAGGGGGAAUCUAAAAUAGAAGAGUUGGCAAUGCGUCAACAAUGAGCAAACUUAUGUCGAUCCGUGUGUUCAGAAUAACAGACUCUUUUCGUCCAUGCCAUUUUCACUUUUUUGGUAUGAAUUGAAUAAAAUCAGGAAAUUUUAGUAAAAUGGGCACUUUGAUAUGUUUAAAUAGAGACUCAUCAUGGCCAUCUGAUGCUUAUUACGUGUGUUACAUGAAGGGGAAUUGUGGAAUGUGUGCUGCGGACUCCCCCGUGGUGUUAAGCUGCUUUGCCUUUUUUUUGAAAAAAUCAUUUCAUUUUGUUGUGCUUGUUUAUUAUUUUUUUUAAAUCUCUGAAUGUGAAUAUAACUGUAUGGGAGGCAUAAAGUGUUAAUUUUUUUUUUUAUUUGGUCAUACUUCCAUAUUGUGCUUAUGCAUACAAAAUACAGCGGUCCUUCAUUUUUUUAGGCGACAGGUUUUGUUUAUUUGAUUUGAUUAUUAAAAUCAAUUGGCAUUAUCUUGAUCAAUCUGUCUAUCUUCCCACAAUUCAAGAUUUCCACUUGGUAAAAACUGCUUAUUAUUGCAUGCACUUUAAAGACAAAUUCAGGUUGUGAAGUGAAGCAUGAAUCUGUCAAGAGAUUUUAGCUGUUUGUAAAUAAAAAGUUCUCUUUUUUUUCUUUUAUUUGUUUUAAGGCCUAUUGAUUCCUAAUAUAAUCGCCAUAUUUGUUUGGAUAAUUUCACAAAUGCCUUUAUUUGAGUUGUGCCUGAAGCAGAUUUGAGUUACGUGUUUGUGAUAUAUCUAUAUUUUAACCGAUGGAGGUCGACACCAUUUUGCUUUGGGUUUUGUCUCAACUUGUGAGUCAUUUGAACAUUCACCACUCUUGUCAAGGAAAAUGGUGAGAAUUGUGCUGUAUAAUUUUUGAUAUGAAUAUUUGUACAAGAGUACAAUUGCUAGAGUAUUCUGAGAUACUGGUCUGCUACUGAUCAUAGAGCGUUUUUUUUUUUUUUGGCUUCGUUUUUCUUUUUUCAAGAUAAUCAGAGACAGUCAAUAGCUCAUUGUGUUGCUUAGUGAAAUCACUUGACUUUCAGAUUGUACAAAUGCUGAAAAAAAGGAACUAUAGUCUUCUUACAAUAUCAGUGUGACACUCUUUUUAAAAACCAGAGACUCUGCAGAAGCUAAACCACACAUGGGUUUGGGUUGCAUUCGAGUAACUCACGUCAGAGGAUAGGAUUGACAUAUUUUCCGCCAUGUUCAUUGUGCUCUUUGAACAGGUUGCACAAUUAUUCCAUUUACAGUGAAUGGAAAGAAAAGUGUUUGGUGCUUAAUUUAUAAUAUCACCAUUAGCCUUGUAAUAUUUUUUUUCUUUUGUUUGUGGAUUUUACUAAAAAAAAAUAUAUAUAUAUCAAUUUUGAAACUCCCCGUUGAGUCAAAAUGCUACAAAGUUUUUCAUGACAUAUCUAGAGUGCACCAUGCAGUGAAACCCUCCCAAGAAUAAAGUAUAUGUAUGAAAAUAGCUAUUUUAUGAUGGCUUAGUUUUUGAGGAAUUGUUCAAAUUGGUAGUUUUGAAUGCUGAAUGUUAUUUUUUGACUGGUGUUUCUCUCUAUUGUCUUUCUUUUCAGAACCUGUAUUAAUGUUAUAUUCCUUGCAGGAUUUUAAAUGAAAAAAAAUUGCAUUUGGUUUUUAAUUGCAAUAGAACUUAAAUGCUCCUGUUUUUUCACAUCGACAAGACCCUGUUUGUCGGGAAUUUGUUCUGAAGUGGAAAGGCGUGUCUCAAAUUUUCAGCCUUUCACGUUUUUCUUGAACUGAAACAUUUCUCAUAUGCAGUAAGGCUUUUUGUCUGGUCAUAUACUACUGAAGCUUUGUGGACAAAAUGGCUACAUAAAAGAAGUGCUGUCAGGGUGCUUGAAUAUAUAGGGGGGUGGGCUUCAGAACAAAGAUGAACUUUACAAUUUGUGUGAACGUUAGGUUACUAGAAAGAUGUAUUUAGUUAGAAUAAAAGGGACUUUCCUAAAGAACUUUAGUCACCAUUUCCUGUGCAGUUCAAAAAGAAAAUAAAUACAAUUCUGUCGAAAGUAAGUCUCAGUUAA